CUGGUUUCCAGAAUGGAGGAGCCACCGUCAAUGGAGAUGUCUUUCAGGAGUCCAACGGCCCCACGGAUGCCUACGCAGCCAUAGCCAAGGCUGACCGGCUGACCCAGGAGCCUGAGAGCAUCCGCAAGUGGAGGGAGGAGCAGAAGAAGCGCCUGGAAGAGCUGGAUGCAGCAUCGAAGGUGACUGAGCAGGAGUGGCGUGAGAAGGCCAAGAAGGACCUGGAGGAGUGGAACCUGCGUCAGAAUGAGCAGGUGGAGAAGAACCGAGCAAACAAUAGGAUCGCUGACAAAGCCUUUUACCAGCAGCCGGACGCCGAUAUCAUUGGCUACGUGGCAUCGGAGGAAGCAUUCCUGAAGGAAUCCAAGGAGGAGACCCCGGGCUCUGAGUGGGAGAAGGUGGCCCAGCUGUGUGAUUUCAACCCCAAGAGCAGCAAGCAGAGCAAGGAUGUGUCGCGGAUGCGCUCGGUGCUCAUCUCCCUCAAACAGACGCCCCUGUCCCGCUAGCUGUGCCUGGCACAGCCAGGGCUCACCCAGCCAGGCAUGGAGCAGCCAGGAAGGGCCUCCCGCUGCCUGCUCCCUCGGCUGUGCUCCACUCACUGGUUGUAACUCUCCCCAUGGUUUUCCUAUGCUUAAAAGGUG